GUGUAAUUUACGGAUGUUAGAUCAACUAUUUGAUAUGAAAAAUUCUACCAAUUUCAUUCACUGUGAAUUCUCUAAGCAGUUUUUUAAACCCUCAUAAAUUAUAGUAGUACUGUUUGGAUAUGAAAAGGAACAUAUAAGAAAUCUGUAAUUUAACUAAACGAUAAUACCUUCCAAUAGAUACUUCCAGUUACAAAUUUAUUUGAUGAUAAACGUCACCGAGUUAUGAACAGAAACAAGGAAGAACUAAAGCAAAUCUCAUCUCAGAAGCCUUUCAUUCUGGUAUCGUCACACGUAAAUAUGGACAAUAGUAAAAUUUCAUCAGACGAUUCGAUGACUUCACAUGAUACACCUCCAUUUUUAUCUCACAUGUAUAUUGAUCAAAAGAUUCAUUCAUUCAAUAGUAAAUUUAGUUAUUUAAAACCAUAUUUAUCAAAAGGUUCCAGAGGAUCUUUACCUUAUACACUUAAUAUACCUGAGUCUAUACCAGAGGUUUCUGUUUCACCACGUCGUCAUUCCGUAUCAUUCAAUCUAGUUGAUAGUCAUUCACAAAAUUCUUCGCAUCAUCAACGUUCAAGUUCAUCAUUACUGGACGAUAUCAUAAUUGAACCCAUUGAAUUUGAGAGAUGUUUAUCUCCUUUAAGGGCAUGUGAUCUAGCUGCACCAUGUAGUAAUACAUUCGAAGAAGUUCUAAAAACACUUAAACAAGACAACCGCGAUGAUCGUUAUAGCAAUGAUGAAUUUAUUGGUUAAGAAGGCAUUGAUAUUUCACCGCGACACCUGAUUUAUAUCUCUUAUUUGUAUAUAUAACGUUAUACGAAAAAGUGCUUAUUUAAAAUUAUAGAUGAAUACAGUUUACUUAUGGCCACCAACAUAUUUUCAUUUUUAUUGUCUUAUGUAGUCAGUAAUUAUUUUAUUAUGAAGUAUUGAAAACAACUUCUGGCAAAUCAUCCCUUCAGAUAAAAGUUAAUUAUUAAUCGAAAUAAAUUGGAGAACUACAAAAUUUUCAAACAUCUGGUCGAUAUUAAGAACAUUAAAAAUAUAACUUCAGCUAAUUGACCAAUUAUGAUCUUUACGGUAAGUAUUGAGGUACAUAUUGUUAAUUUACUCAUCAACAUUUAUU